AUGGCGGCGAGCCGUGAGGGAAGCGCGCUGCCGACCCCCGCGGCCGAGGCGGCGGAUUCGGACUCGCCGCGAACAGCCGAGGGGAUUGUUGGGAGCGGUGCGCCGCCCGGCAUCGGUGCAGCCGUCGACGCGCGCCUGUUAAGAGGCUUCGACGGUCUCGCGCGCGUCCUCGACCUCGAGGUUCGCACGGCGGCGACGCUGUCGCAGCAGCACGACGCCAUCGCGACGUGCCUGCUCGUCGCCAACGCGCUGUUCGACUGGCCGGAGAGCGACGAUCCACGCCCGCGAGAGGCGUUUGGCUUCCGCGUGCUGCGCAGCAUGCCGUGCGCCACCGAGUCGCUGCAACUGCGAGGCAAGCAAUGGGUGCACGGGUGUUUUGACAACGGGGGAGAUGCGCUGGCAGGGCACAGAGUUUGCAUCUGGCGGGUAGCAUCCCAGCUUCUGAUGGCCGACGGCGUUACGUUUCCCUUCCUGCGGCAAGUCGGCUCACUUUGGACCUCAGAGGAGGAUCUGGUGCUCUUGCGACACGUGGCAGUGCACGGGACCAAGUAUUGGGGCUUCCUUCAAGCGUCAGGGACGCUGCCGCAUCGGGACCAAAAAGCGUGUUGCAAUCGCUUCAUUCUGCUUAAAAAGCGUCAUUUCUUAGAGCGCGGCAAAAACGGCCCGCGAGGCCAGAACAAGGCGCUAUCGUCUCGGGAUGACCGCGCCAUUGCCUCGUUGUCCUCCCACCCGAACGACUCCGAAUCCACGCGAUCUCCUCGAAACCCUUCGCAAGAUCUGUCGCACGCGGCGGCUACCGCUGCGACGCCUUCAGCGAUAGGGUCUGCGACGACGACGGCGACGGCGACGGCGACGGCGACGACGAUAGCGGAGGCAGGCGCUGCGAAUGGAGAGUCACAGGCGGGCGCGUGCAGGACGGAUUCGGCGGCGCAGAGCACCCAGCGGCUGAUGACGUGGGCCGCCACGGCGGGCCGGAAACUCCAAGGCGAGCUCAAGCGCUGCCGCGAGGAGAGCGCCGCCGCCGCCGCCGCUGCCGCCGCUACUGCCGCUGCUGCCGCAGGCGCUCGAACGCAGACGAUGGCAGACGAGGGCUCGUCUGCGGCGGCGCUACGUUUUCUUCCAGGGGGACGCGUCGAGGCGAACGGUGGCGGCCUGCUCGAUUCUCCAUGGACCCGAAGUGUCAAGCCGCGCGUCGAUGCCGCAAACAACGCGCAAGCCUUUUCCGCAUCCCUAACGUCCGCAAACGGAGUCCUUCCGCCAUCGUCCGGGACCUUCCCCAACGCCGCCGCUGCCUCCGCCGCCGUCGCCGCCGCGAGCGCGGACUUGGACCUUGCCGUUCGCCUGUUCCCUUCAAUUCGGGCGUUUCUGGGUGCGGGUUCGAGCCCCGUUCUUGCCGGCGCGGAAGCCGCCGCCGACACGGUGGCUGCCGCGUCCACGUCGUCGGUGGCGGCGGCGGCGGCGGCGGCGGCAGCUGCUGCUGCUUCAAUGGCAUCUACUCCCGCGGCGUUUUCGGCCGGCGCUCCCUCCGCGUUCUACGCGGAUACUCGCGAAGCGCGCGUGCCUUCUUCGUCGUCCUCUCUCCCGCUGCAAGCAGCUGCCAUGGGCGAUACAGUCGCCUCUGCCUCCCUCGCCGCACUCGCGCAGGCGCAGCGGCCCGCCGCUCAUCUCGCAGCAUCUCACUUCCCCGCCUCCUCCGCCAUUCUCCGCCACCUCCUUGGUUCCCCCGCGCAAUCCUCCGCCGCGUUCUCGUCCUCCGCCCCCUGUCGCGCACCCCCCGCUGCCGCCGACUCCGCCUUCGCCUCCGCGUACGCGGCCGCCGCGGCGAGCAACAGACCGGGAGUCCCGGGACCUGUCGCGUCGCCGUGCGCGUCGUCAGCGUCGCCGUCGCUGGCGCGGGCGUCCGUCUCGCUGUCGCACUCGAUCGCGUCCGCGGGGUUAACAGGCCCGGCGGGCAGCGGCGCGCAGGGGAAGAAAUGGGGUUACUCCGCGAGCGGGGAGGUGGACAGGGAGGAUGUGUGCAUGGCGCAGUGUGUUCCAGGGGAGCGCGCGUCCGGGUGGCAGAUGCAGGAGCAAGUAGUGCCCCGCAGCACACUCCCUCGCACCAGACUCGCGCAAGAAGCAUAUUGGAAGAAGCACGCGGAGAACAAGCCGAUGCGCAUGCUCCCGCCAAGCCAGCCAGCUGCAGGCGCGAAGGCGCACGAGGCAGGGCGUGGCGGUGGGGCGUUGGCGGAGAGGAGCAAGGAGGAUGGGGUGUUUGGGUGGAUGUACGGAGGCAGUGCAGGGCCUGAGCAGCUGCAGGCUCUGCUGGGGUCCAUGGGACGGAGUGUGAGCGAGGAGCAAGGACAAGGGGUGGAAGCGAAGGAUGAGUCGCUACCCGGGACCAACCUGCCAGAAUUUGGACCGGCUCCUGAUAAUAAUGCUCCUCAAGGUGGGGCCGGAGGAGCAGGGAAGGGUACUGGUGCUGUAGCAGCAGCAGCGGCGGUGGGAGCAGGGAAGGGUACUGCUGUGACUGGGGAAGGGCAUGGCGACUCGGAUGUGCUUCUUGAUGCGAUGCUGGAUGGGCUUUGCGACCUUCUCGUUCCUGACUGGCAACCCGUCUCCCUCCACCCUGUCAAACCCCCUCCCUCUCGUUCUCUCGCCUCUCUUUCUCCACCUCAACUUGUGACUUCCGUGUGCCUAACGCGGCACUCCUCCAGCAGUCCCCUAUUCUCCUCGAAUCGCCACCCGAACACCAUGACUGUGAAGCGAAGGAACGGAGGUCGCAACAAGCACGGCCGCGGGCACGUGAAGCCCAUCCGCUGCUCCAACUGCGCCAAGUGCUGCCCCAAGGACAAGGCGGUGAAGCGGUUCCUAGUGAGGAACAUUGUGGAGCAGGCAGCAGUCAGGGACGUGCAGGAGGCAUGCGUCUAUGAUGGCUACGCGCUGCCGAAGCUGUAUGCGAAGGUGCAGUACUGCAUCUCGUGCGCCAUCCACUCGCACGUCGUGAGGGUGCGCUCGCGCCAGGCUAGGCGCAUUCGCGAGCCGCCCAAGAGGCCCGGGCGCAAGAUGGACGACCGUGGCAAGCCUGGUGCCCCUGGCGCGCCUGGUGCUCGCCCGGGUGCCCCCGGUGCCCCUGGCUUUCCGCCAAGCGCCGAUAGUCACGUUGUGUUUGACGUGCGAGAUCUAGCAUCCGAUUUGAAGCCAGCUUUCGGAGAUUUCGUCUCCGCCGCCUGCGGUGUUUUUGCGAAUCCUCACGCUUGUUCCCCCGCUCCCGGUACUUGCUGUUUUCCCCCGCUGCCUUAUCGCGGAGGGACCAGCAUGGCGCAAAGCGCGACGCUCGCGCGCGUGGCUUUUGCCCCCGCCGCGCAAUCGCCGCUGCCUGCGCCGGCGGGGCUUCCGUCAGCUGCAGCUCCAUACUCCGAUCUUCACGCCGCAGUCUCCGCCGUGUUCGGCGGGCCGUCGCCGAUUUCAUUGCCCUCUGCCGCCGACGGCGCGUCGCCGUCGCCGUCGCUUCCGUACAGACUCGUCGCGAGUGACAGUAACGAGGGGCUGCUGUACUGCUGGCGGCCCGGCGGCGAGGCGCUGACGGUCGUGGGAUGCGGUGCGCGCGCAGCGAGCGGCGCUUACGCGGACUCGGACGCAGCGGCAGAUCCGGCCGCGGGCGCGUGUGACUCCAUCCGCAUGCCGCUCUUCCCCGAACCGCCCGCUCCCGUGCGGCAGCUGCUGCUGUCCCCCUCCGGGCGCUCCCUCGCGCUGCUCUCGCCCUCCGCCCUCGCCGUUGCGGACGUCUCCUCUGCUGCUGCGCGCCUGCGCACACAGGCGGGCAGGCCGGGGCUGGGGGGAGACAUGCGCGCUGAUGAUGCUGAUGCUGUUCCAUGUGUGCGGGUGGCGGACUUCCAGGGGGAGGCGGUGCACGUGGUGCAGGCGGCAUGGCACCCGCUCAGUGACGCGCACAUCGCCCUCCUCACCUCUGACAACGUCUUCAGGCUGUACGACAUCUCAGCAGCCGCCCACUCUGCAGCCACCUCCCCACAGCAGCGCGCAUCCGCCACAGCAGCAGUCGAGCAGGAAUACGUGCUGCAGCCAGCCACGUCAGCUGCCGCGUCAGCUGGUGCAGCGGCAGGAGGAGGGAGUGCGGGGGUGGGGUCCCCUGGUGCGUGUGUGGGGUUUGCCUUUGGCGGCGACCACAUCUGGGAGCGCUUCUCGGUCUUCUUCUGCUUUCAAGACGGCUCCAUAUACGCGCUCUGCCCUCUUCUUCCCUUCAACUCGUGGGUGUCAGCCAAAGCCAUUGCAGAGCUAAGGGCGGACGCUGAUUGCUGCUCCCUCUCCGCCCCUGCACGCACACACGCGCUCCUCGCCUCCUCCUGGCUCUCCCACACCCUCCCACAGCCCCGAACCCCCCCUCACCGUGCACAUUUACAAAACUCCUCCCACUCCCCGGAUACUGCCGCUGGUGCUCGGGUGAUGCUGGGGACGGGGCAGGAGAGGGAGCAGGGGGGAGAUGGUGGUGAGGGUGGAGGAGCCGGGCUGGUGAAAUCUGCUCGCUAUGCCAUUGGGAGCUCUUCACUUGUACUGCAGGGCCCCUUCCCCACGAUAACCGGGGACGACCCAUCCCUCUCCUCCCCCUCCUCCUCGCCCGCCAUCUCCCCCUCAUCUCCCCCAUCGCUCCCCUGCUGCCUGGCGCUGACAGUGGUGGGGCAGGACAGCGUAUUGCUGGUGGGGGAGAAGGGCGGCACAGUGCGUGUGCUGGUCAUGGCGGACGAGGUGCACCCCAUGUGGGACACUGCGCGCGCGCCCGCCCUUGUCACCUCCUCCCGCCACGGCUCACUGCAGUCAGUUUCCAUGACUGCUCGCUCGCAACCGCCGCUGUCCGUGCCGUCCCCUGGUGCCGCUGGUGCUGCAGGUGGUGCUGUUGCUGGUGCUGAUAGUGCGGGGGAGGGAGGCGCGGAUGGUGCUGUGGUGUGGGCUGGCCGUCCCCCCCCGCUGCUGCUCUUCGGCCGAGUCGACCUCUCCCUGCCCUCUUCCUCUUCCCCUCUCCCUUCUUCGUCCAAGCCACCUCCACCAUCGUCCAAACCACAGCCACAGCCGUCCAAGUCACGCCUGUCAGCAGCAACGAAUGCAUCAGUAGCAUCAGUAGCUCGCGGAUCCUCCACCUCCUCCUCCUCGUUAUCGCCGUUGCAUCUGCCGCGCAUAGACCUGCAUGUGGAUGCGCGCGUGCCUGACUUUGUGCUGUGCGCGCACGCAUGGGGAGUGGACGCAGUGCUGCUGCGCUGGCUGCCCUUCUCCGAUCAACACGACGCCCUCUCCGCCCGCCACAAGGCCCUCCCCUCCGUCGAAGUCUACAGCAUCUACUCCUCCUCCUCCUCCCCCGCCUCCUCUUCCACCUCUUCCUCCUCUUUGUCGUCCUCUUCCCACUUCUCCUCUUCGCGUCCCUCCUCUGCUCUCCCCUCCUCCGCCUCUUCGCCUCCUGCUGCUUCUCCUACCCCAUCUUCUGCUGGUGUCCCCUGUAUCGGCCUAGCAGUGCUAUCCCGCAGCAGUAGGGGACUCACCGUAGGAGCAGAGAGGGGCGGGGGUGGGGAGGAGCGUGUGGUGGUGACAGUGGAUGCAGGAGGGGGGUGUGCUGUGCUGAGAGUGCGACGACCGGGUAUAGCGCUUGUGGAAGGGGUGGACGGAGCGGGGGAGGAGGAGGAGGGCGAGGGGAGGAGUGUGGAGGAAGAGGAGGAGAUGGCAGGGCGGGGAUUGAGUGAGAGGGUGCUACAAGGUCCUGCUACAUCUGCCUCGCAGGUGCUAGAGCAGGUGCCAGCAGCGGUGCGCAAGGCAGCGGCAUCAUCCAUGGAGGGCAAGGCCAUGCUGCACUCCUGCGCCAAGGCGAUGCAUGCCUCUCACGUCGCCUAUGCCCAUGCCGCGUACGUGGAGGUGCGGGCGCACGAGCAGUGGGUGCAGCAGCAGGUGGAGCAGCAGCGGGCGCGGGUGGAGCGGCUGCAGCGCAUAGCACAGGUGGAGGGGGAUGUGUGUGCGGGGCUAACAGCGCGCGUGCAGGAGCGCCUGCGCAUCAACCAGCACCUCAUGCACCGCGUGGAGAAGGCCCGCGCCAGGGCUGGGUGGGGGAGACACACGCUGUCUGUGGCUGAGAGGCAGCUUAAGGGGGAAUUGGAGCGGAUGCUUGGGGGCUUUGCGCUGGGUGGGGGAGACACACGCUGUCUGUUGCUGAGAGGCAACUAA